CGGAGAGAGCGCAUGGGCGGCGUGCGGGUUCUCUUUCGGAGGACAACGGCGGCAGGGUGAUAUCGUCCCAAUUCGCAAGAAGCGGCGCCAUGGAGGAAUCGAGUAGUUGACGUUUCUUUUAACCUUCUCUUCUUUGUUUAUUUACGUCUGAUCAUCGCGCUUUCGGCGGGCUUUCGCCUCUCUGGGUUUAUCGACAUAUUCGGGAUUUCCGGCCGUGAACAUGAAGUACAUUGUGGGAAUCGGAGGUGUGACCAACGGCGGCAAAACAACUUUAACGAACAGGUUGAUCAAGAAUUUGCCAAACUGCUGCGUGGUGCACCAGGAUGACUUCUUCAAGCCCCAAGAUCAGAUUGAAGUUGGCGAGGAUGGCUUUAAGCGGUAUGAUGUCAUUACUGCUUUGGACAUGGAAGCCAUGAUGAGCACCAUCAACGCCUGGAAGGAAAACCCAGUGAAGUUUGAGAGAUCGCACGGCAUCAACAACACCCUGGAUGCGGAGAUGGUCUUGGAGUCAGAACACGGAGAGGAUGAUGUUCAUAUCCUCAUCGUGGAAGGCUUUCUGCUUUACACCUACAGACCUUUGAUCGACGUAUUUGACCAGCGUUACUUCAUUUCUAUACCAUAUGAAGAAUGCAAGAGGAGGAGGUGCUCAAGGAACUACACUGUUCCAGAUCCACCGGGUCUGUUUGACGGACACGUCUGGCCCAUGUACAUUAAACACCAUGAGAUCAUGGAGGAGACCGGAGUUGAUGUUGAGCGACUGGAUGGGACGUGGACAAAGGAGCAGCUGUAUAAUUCUGUCUAUGAAGACAUCCUGAACAACAUCCAGAAGCUGCUGUAGUGAAGGAAUGUUCACGGAGCCCAGCUUUGCCCUGAUGACACCUGAAGCGCUGCCCAAUUCAGCAUGGAUUUUAACCAUUAAUAUUUAUUGCUGCAUUUUCAGUCUCUGCUCUAGAGUGAAGAUUGUUAUGGCUUGAUGCACAUGUCAAUAAAAGGUGCUCCCCAUGUU